AUGUCUCAGCAUACGUCACGAUACACGCAAGCCAUCGCCCUCGCCGACCAAACUCUCGAGCUCUCCUCUGCCGGGCCCCUUUGCCCAGCUACGAAGGAGAAGGCCACGGACCUCAAGGAAUCUGCCCACGAAGGCCUAUUCCCAGACUCCAGAACAAACGAGCGCUACACCACAGACGACUAUCGCUGUGACGAUCUCAUCGCCGAGCUGUGCCAAAUCUUCCGCGAGCAUUAUGUCCUAAAGUACAUGGACUGUCAUGUGGACGACUUGCCAGUAGCGCUCCACAAGCUGUGCGGCGUUAGGAGUGAUAGUCACUGCGUGAAUUACAUCCGCACGCGAACGAAUCCAACCUGGGAUGAGCUACUGCGGGGAACGCAGGAGGAAGCAUUACUCAUGUCGAACUAUGAGUCCGCGCUGAGGGAGUGUGAGCACACCAUCAAAAGGAUCGCACACCUGUUCUGCGAAGAUGGAUGGACUGACAGAGAGUACGGACAAGAGCGUGCUGACUUCCUCCAAAUCCUCAAGGAAAACACGCCCAGCGGGCGCAGGCAAAGGUACUUCAACCGCUACACGGACAAGCUCUUGCGUGAAGAGUACAACGCAAUGGCCGGCCACCUCCGCCGCGACAGGAACCUUCUCACGACAAGGCUGCACCGCGCGGAAGACGCGAGCUUGCCGUCUAUUUUAAGCGACGCGGUCAAUAAGAAGGAGAAGUCCCUGUUCUUGGUGAAUAAGUACAUAUUCAAUGGUUACGAUGACCCGUUCUGGAGAGUGUACCCGACAAAGGAGGCUGUGGAGAUGAGCGUGUUCCAGGAUUACUGGGAGCAGAGGCCCAGACGUCGCACUGACGGUGAAGAUGACCCCUUUGGCAUACCUGAUAUGGGUCUCGGGCCAUUUAGCUGGUGA